AACUCAAAGCAUCAAUUCCAGAGAGAGGAGAGAGAAAGACGACGACUUCCUCCUCCAAUGGCGAAUUUGAAUGACGGCGGCGAUGCAAGGAAACCCAACAUUAGCCACGUCAUCUUCGACAUGGACGGUCUCUUACUAGAUACAGAGAAGUUCUAUACUGAAGUUCAGGAGAUCAUACUUGCAAGAUUCAAUAAGAAGUUUGAUUGGUCUUUAAAGGCAAAGAUGAUGGGAAUGAAAGCAAUAGAAGCUGCACAUGUCUUUGUUAAUGAAACUGGAAUUAGUGAUUCUCUUUCAGCUGAGGAUUUUCUCAUUGAAAGAGAGGAUAUGUUAAGGACAAUGUUUCCCACUAGUGAGUUAAUGCCAGGUGCGAGUCGAUUGAUCAAACACCUACAUUCGAAAGGAAUACCAAUCUGUGUUGCAACUGGAUCUCAUAAACGACACUUUGAGUUGAAGACACAAAUGCAUGGUGAACUUUUCUCAUUGAUGCAUCAUAUUGUUCUUGGUGAUGAUCCUGAGGUUAAGAAAGGGAAGCCAUCGCCAGACAUAUUCCUGGCCGCAGCCAGAAGAUUUGAGGGCGGUCCAAUAGAUUCAUCUAAGGCCCUUGUUUUCGAAGAUGCACCUUCAGGGGUUUCAGCAGCUAAGAACGCUGGGAUGUCUGUGGUAAUGGUUCCAGAUCCAAGGCUGGAUACCUCCUUUCAGACUGAAGCUGACCAGAUAUUAGGCUCCUUGUUGGAUUUCAACCCGACAGAAUGGGGACUUCCCCCAUUUGCAGAAGCGAGUUAAAAUCUGGUAUUCUACCCUUAUUUAUUACUACUGCCUUAACAUUAUUUAGCCAAAUGGAGAUUUAUGUAUUCAUGUGGCUACAUGACAAACAAUAGUAAUUCUAUUUUUUUUUCAAAAAACAUCCUACUGCAUAAAAGAGAGAUUAUGUUGAUCAGUUUGAGUUAAUAAAACAUGUCUAAUCAUUGGAUGAC